AUGGCGUAUUGCCGUUUGGUGUUCCCAUUGUUAGUUCUAAGUGUAGUUAACUGUUAUGCAUCUGUCGCUCCGGUGUAUAUGUGGGGCGAUUUGCCCCAACAUUUGUCGGAGGCGAAUCCCCUCACAACAUUAAAUGAAGAAGAGUUUGCACAAAUUCUUAAAGAAGAAACGGCUGAAAGUUUGGUUGUUGUGUUCGCUGAGCAGACGCUCUCCGUAGAAGACUUCUCACGUAGAGACGAUGAUGGUUUGCCUUCUUUCAAUUACUUACAUAGCAAAAUUGGAAGUGCUGCAUACUUGCCUUCGGUAGCCAAUCCGUUAGAAGUGCUGAAAACGUUUGCAGAUGGUUCGGAGACCACUAUUGAUCUUACCAACGCUGUUUCAUCCGACGACAUUUCUGUCAAGAGUUCUGACAAAUUUGUCAUUAUUAACUUGAAAGACGCGCUCGAGGAUGAGUCCAGGACCGCUUAUCUGCGUCGUCACGAUGAAUUUAUGCAGAACACGGUAUCCAAGCUGCAGGAGAAUGGGGUUAAAGUUGUGGCUAUCUAUACAGCCUACUCCCCAUCAUGGAUCAUCCCUGUUAGUCACUCCCGUGCACGCCGUGCUGCGAGUAGGAACGAUUUCAUCGAUCUUAUUGGCCUGCGUCUACAUGCUAAGAGCAUCUCCCUCAAAAGCAGGAAUGAGACUAUACCGUUAACACCACUUGUAAGCUCCAACACUACUUUCGAUACCGACGUCAUGAAUACCACCUUGGUGUAUGAGAAUGACACAAGUAUCAUGCUGAACUUUGUUAUGAAGGGUGGUUACUGGUACUUCGAUUCGGUAACUCUGUCUCUGUCAACAUUCCUUGAAAAUCUAUAUCCUGUAGAGGAGGUAUUCGCCAUAGAAGGAUUCUCUUACCGUUGUGCUGAAAAUGUGAGGUUUGCCAGUGUUAACGAUACCAGAGACUACACACUCAACUUUGAGAAUUUGAAGAUUCAACCAUUCUUUGAGAACACCAACAGCAGUACACCAUUUGGAGACUCUUUCAAUUGUGUAGGAUUCUUCAGCGCUCCUAUCUGGGCGGGGCUCUUCGUCACAUUCAUCCUUCUCGCCAUCACGUUCUAUGGUAUCAUGAUGAUGAUGGACAUUAGAACCAUGGACAGGUUCGAUGACCCUAAGGGCAAGACGAUCACUAUCAACGCCGGAGAGUAA